AACAGAUGAUAGUAGAAUGGAUUUCUUUUGUUCAUUUGUUAAGUUCAGUGUUCUGUCGCAACUGUUGACCGACUCUUUUCGAGAAACAAUUUCAAGGACUCGGGGUCACAUGUAAGGAGAGAACGGACAGACGGACAGCCAGAAAGACGAGCAGACCAACACUGGUUGAUCCGUGAUCAAGAGAUUGACGGCGAUAAUGAUAUACAGCGGUCUGAAGCUACGCCCCCACAAGUUCGCUGUAUAUCAAGUGGGAACCCAUUGAAAACACACUCCAUAACUUGUCCCUUGCAGUCCAAACAUACAAUGGAACUCAUUUCAAGCAUCACGUUGGCGUUUGGAGUUCUCGGAUUCAGUGCACUGGUCGCAAAGUGGACGCUGUCCAGAAGGAAGUUAUCGCUACCCCCAGGGCCAACCCUCCUGACUGUUAUACGAGAUCUCUACAAAGCUGGUUUUUCGAAUUCAGCCCAUACUCAGUUUGAACAAUGGGCUAGACGAUAUGGCGAAUUGUUCUGUGUGUCGAUCCCCGGACAGACCAUUAUUGUUAUCAACUCCGUGCGAGUCAUCCGCGAGUUGUUCUCCGGUACCUACAAAACUAUCACCAAUGACCGACCUCCUAGCUUUGUGGGCAAGUAUGUGUUUCGAGGCUGCGGUAUCACCUUCUCAAGUGCUGGAAAAUAUUGGAGAAAACUCAGGCAACUAUUUCACUCGUCGGUAAACAUGCAUGUGGACGGGGGCAUGAAGAUUGAAAACACUCUUAGGUCCGAAAUGAAGGUGACUCUCGGCGAGUUGAACAUUCAAGCUGAAUCUGGCACUGUGCAGCUGCAUGAGAUCAUUUCCGAUUAUCUAAUGAACGUCCUUCAUAUUCUUCUGACUGGUGAACGCCCCUUGCCUGGCAGUGACAACAUCGCCAUCAUGAGAGAGAUGGACGACCUCCUCAACAGGUCCUUGGGCAUCGAUCAAGAGUCCGUUCUGACCAAUCUACCCUUUCUCCGGCAUCUCCCAAACAGCUAUGGCCGUCGCUGGAAAAGGAUUGAGGCGACCAGGGCCAAGCUUACCAAACUGUUCUUCACCGACUAUAAGGUGAACUUCCGGUCCGGAGAUGGUGUCUUAGAUAGGUUUCUGGAAGAGGCCUCCAAAGAAGACUCCCCGGUGACGAAAGAUGACGUCCUUGCCCUCAUCUUCGAACUGGUGGCUGCCGGGUACGUGACGUCCAAGUCCACCCUGCUUGGUAUGAUGCUGAUGAUCCUCCACAGACCGGACAUCCAGCAGAAGCUUCAGAAGGAGAUCAGCGAGGCCAUUGGGGACAGGGUACCUAGUCUGAAAGACCAUAUGAACACGCCUUACUUUGAUGCCUUUUUAUUUGAAAUGAUGCGAUACACGAGCCAGCUCCCUUUGGGGUUACCACACAUGAUCAGAGAAGAGAUCGAAUACAAUGGAUGCCGUAUCCCAGAAAAGUCUAUGCUCCUACCGAACCUGUACUAUAUGAACCAUGAUCCCACCCAGUGGAAGGAGCCAUGGCAGUUCCGUCCAGAGAGGUUCCUGGAAGAAGAUGGGAGCCUCGUCAGUCCUCUUAAUGAUGCCAGACAAAAGUUUGUGCAGUUCGGGAUAGGGAAGCGCAGCUGUCCAGGACAGAACUUUGCUCGGUCACGAAUCUUCAUGUUCAUUGCUUCGAUUUUUCAAGAAUUUGACAUAUUACCCCCCGACGACGAACCCCUCCCGUCCUGCAACCCCGCCACCUGGGAACCCGGCCUCAUUCUGAUGCCAAAGUACGUGCGUUGUAAAGUACGCCGUAGGCAAACUGUACCUGCGCAAACAGAAUGAUCAGUUUCCUUCCUUCCGGUUCGUCUAUUCUCACGAAGUCUCCACGGACUCAAAACGCACUCAGCAAUAUUCCAGCUAUAUGGCAACGUUCUGUAAAUAAUCGAGUCUGGACCAGACAAUCCAAUGAUCAACAGCAUGAGCAUCGAUCUACGCAAUUGGGAGCCUGCGAGCCUGAUCACCCGAUCCCGUUAGUCGCCUCUUACGACAAGAAUGGGUUGCUGAAGAUCAAUUCUAACCCGGAUCUUCUCGGGUUCCCGUCAUGAUGUCACCCUCAGACACGCUUGUUUCACUAUUG